UGUUAAGACUAUAAGUACGUCAAAUGUGAAGCCCAGGAAGAGCCUCCAGGCGUGUGUACAAGACGCCAUUAUUGUGCUCUGGACUGGACUGCACUUGCAGAGAAGAAGAGAAGAAGAGAGGGGAGAGAGAAACGGCAAGGAGGGCUUUAUGGUCGAUGGUGACAAUCAAUCCCGGGGAGGAGAGAGAGAAAGAGGCAGUGACUGCUCAUUAUUGAGAGAGAGAGAGAGACCCUUUAUUCUGUUCGUGUGGUUUUGUGCGUGUGAGAGUGAAAGAGCAGGACUGUUCAUUAUUUGGAGGGGAAAGAGAGAGCGAAAGGACUGCUCAUUGUUUAGAGAGAGACAGAGAGACAGAGAGGGAGGUGGGGAGGAGAAUAGAAAGAGAUGGGAGGGUGUCAAUUGAAGCAGGCGGCGAAGAAGUUUGCUUUGUCCUGCAUCUCCAUCUCCAGAAAGGAGGGCGAGGGCGAGUCCCCUAAGGACAAUAUCUCCACAGAAGAGAUUGAGGCGCAUGCAGAUGGGAAUGCUUGUGGGAUUCAACAAGAGCAAGAGGGAAGCGGCUCAGCCAAGAACUUCUGUCCUAUAUGCCUUGAGCCAUUGAUACCUGGGUGCCAGACCAUCUUCACGGCGCAAUGCUCCCACGCCUUCCACUUCCUCUGCAUCUCCUCGAACGUCCGGCAUGGCAACACGACGUGCCCCAUUUGCCGAGCCCAGUGGAGCCAGCUGCCCCGCCAAAUGGGGCCUAAAUUUCCCCUCCAAGUUCAUGAGAAUGAUCCCGUUCUUCGCAUCCUUGACGACUCCAUUGCCAACUUCCGAGUCCAUCGCCGCUCCUCUCAUCGUUCAGCCAGAUAUGAUGACGACGAUCCAAUAGAUGCAAGCCCCCCUUCUGAUCAACCCCGCCUCGGCCUCACUCUUAUCCCCAUUCCGCCACCACAGCCGCCGGAAUUUUCCCCACGCAGGCCUUCAGCUUUGCAAGUCAUUCCACCCACCACCAUUCGGAUUACCACCAACCGUCCGCGUGUUCAAUCGACGAUAAAUGAGAUAACACCAUAUCAAUCAAACAUUAUUCCAGCUGCACCAAUGUUCGAUACUGCACCAAGUACGCAGAAGCUCUGUCAGUACUCCAGUAAGGCUUACUUGUCAGUAAGACUUGCAGUUUCACCAGCAGUAGAUCUUGUCUUGGUUGCUAGUUCAAACGGCACACAGUUGAGGCUUCUCAAGCAGUCCAUGGCUUUAGUAGUAUGCUCCCUGCGUCCAAUAGACCGUUUAGCCAUUGUUUGCUGCUCAACCACAGCAACACGAGCCUUUCCCCUUCGUUGCAUGUCGGCGCAGGGUAAGCGAGCUGCUCUGCAGGUCAUCGAACGCCUUUUCUGCAUAAGCGACGUAGACCACGCAGAAGGGCUAAGGAAAGCGGUAAAGAUACUGGAAGAUCGUACUCACCACAAUCCACAUGCUCGAGUCUUGCUGCUGUCUGAUGGACCGGAAGAGCCUUUCUCAUGCCAUGACAUUCAGUUUCAAGUACCGAUCUUUCAUUUUGGACUUGGGUUUGGCUUGCAUUCAUCAAAUACAUGCAUCAAGCAUGAGUUUGAGGAGUUCUUGUCUGGGUUGCUUGGGGAGGUGAUCAAAGAAACAAGAUUGAGAAUUGGAGAGAAGGGGAUGAUGGUCUGGUUGGGUGAUCUCAGAGGAGGAGAAGAAAGGCGGAUUUUGGUAGAUAUAGGUGAAUGUGGGCUGAUUUCCGUUGGUUACAAUUAUGUGGAAGGUGUGGAAGGGGAGGAAUGUUUGAGAACAGGGGAAGUAAUGGUAAGAGUUGGAGAAACCACUGACAGCGAUUUUUCAAGGAGGGAAAUGACCAUUGGAAGAAGAAGCAGCGUCGAGGGGUGGGAGUACCAUGAUCCUUGCAUGGCGAGAAGAUGGGCCAAACACUUGCAUGGAUUGCUGUAAAGUUCAAGCGAAAUGCACGUUCAUGUGGCUUUGCUUGUGCAGUUCUGGUUAUGUGGUUCUUCCUUACUCUUUAUUGGCCUUGAUUCUUGGUUGCCAAAACAAGCUUUGGAAAAUUCAAUGCAUAUAUACGGGUGUAGGAGGCGGCAUUUUUAAGAGCCACCUGAAACGAUCGAACCGCAAAUGAUGGAAUUGGCCAUUUGCUGUUGUGGAUGGAUGAGAUUAAUUUCUAGUCUGGUUUGUUUCGGUUUACUCAAGAUAUCUAGCUUUUGUAAGAAAGAAAGUUCUCUUCCCUGCUAAAAGGAACCUUUUCUAUUUGUUGCAAA